AUAACAAACAAGGACGAAAACGACGCCUUCUCCGGGAAAUAAGUCGAUGAACGGGUGGAAACGUCCAUCAGAAUUUGUCAACCACCGAGAAUCCGUCUCCUAAUUACAAAUACAGUCUAAAUGGAUGAUUCUUCAAACAACUUAAUGAACGGGUCAGACACGGGUAGCUCUGCGGACUCCACUCCAACAAAACAUGCUCCUUUUUCUCCACGUUUUACUGUGCAAGUGACAGACGCUGUUAAAGAUGGCGACGCGAUACAGUUUACUGUUAUGUCGUCCAGGUGUGACUCGGAGAAGGGCUUUGUUGUGACCCGGGUGUUUGAGGAUAUUGAGUGGCUGCAUCAUUGCUUGUUGACCCAGAAUGAAACAGACGGAAUUAUUAUACCGCCCCUCCCAAACAGGCCAGAGAUGGAUCCACGCAGUGCAGAAAACAAGUCAAAGAAACAGCUUGGUAACGACACUAAGAUUCUCAAAGGAGAUGAAUUUCAUAAGGACUGUCGGACAAUGGAAAAGUAUUUACAGCUUAUGUUGCAACAUGAGGCAUUUGGAGGUGAUGCCAGUUUAGAAAAAUUCCUUUCAGAAAAGGAGCCUCCUGUUCGUGUGAAGGUCAAGAAGGGUUUGUUUGGCAAACUGUCUUCAGCAAUGGAUGGAGCAAGAAAAGGUGGACAUCGAGACAUUGAUGAAUACUUCCACAACAAGCGAGAGUGGGCAACAAAAUGGUCGCAGGCUGUAAAGGAAGCAUCCAUUAACUUUAACAAGAUUGUAUGUGCUCAAUACAGAGUCUCCAGCAGCUACACCCACCUGGCUACGGCGCUCACCUGGACCGGCGCCAACAAGGACGAUGCCACUGUGAAAAUAAACAGGGUGUUUAUGAAACUCAGUGAUGCCUUGAAUGACUCAAGGCAUGGUCUUGAAGUUCUUUGCUCCAAUGAUGAGAGGACAUUGGGCCUUCAGCUGGACCUGUAUGCUAGAUACAGUGAUUCUAUCAAGGACAUGUUGCUGAGGCGGACCUGCCUGCUGGUCGAGUACGAGGAUGCUAACAAGGCUUUGGACAAGGCCAAGCCUCUGAAGAGACAAGCUGCUGAGGAAGCUAAACAGACUGCUGAGAAGUCCUACGAGGUCUGCUCCGACAAUGCCAGGAGAGAGAUGAAGACCUUUCUCCAACAGCGGAUUCUCUCUACUCAGGAAUCACUGGUAACGUUUGCGGAGUCACAAAUGAGAACUGCACGGGACACAUAUACUCUACUCGUCCGUACUCUAGCCUCCAUCAAACAGAUGGAACAACUGUGAGAUCUAAGGAGCCUUUUUGAACCCAGUCAUGUGAUCUUCUUCCUGUCAUGUGAUAGUCAUAUGAUGACAAUUGCUCACUCGUCUAUGAGGCCAGAUAGUUAGAAUUCCUUGAUCAAUAGAUUGUAGUUCACUGUUAUUUAUUGUAAAUUAGGUAAAUACUGUCAAAUACUGGAUACAUUUCAUGUAUCCAAAUUGACUGUUUUCUCAUUAGUGUCACUGAAAACUGAAAACUUUUUUAAAAAGUUAGUAACAGCUGUUUUUGAGUUCAAACAGACAGUAAGUCUGACAAGAGUUGAAGAUUAUUGGCAAAGCCGGUCAUUGAACAAAUUUACUGAAUGAAAGGUAGGUACAUUUAUAGAUUGAGAAUAAAUCCAAAGUGCCCGAUAUGUUACUAGUGUGUUGAGAAUAUGAAUUAACACUCAUCUGUGAAGUAUUUACAGAUGUUGAAAAUAUAUCACUCAACAGGAAAUAGUUCAUGAAAAAACUCAGUCACUUUAAUAAUAUUAUCUCAAUCAUUCAUCAAAAUGUAGCAAAUAUACAAAAUAUCAAAUCAAAAUAUCUUAAAAUCAAAUCUCAUUCAUGUGUACUUAUUUUUUUAAAUGAAGUUACACACUAUGAAAAUAUACUGGCCACUCUCUUAUGUCGACAGGGAUGUACAUUGCUUUCUCAAGCCAAAUGUUAUUGAACUUGUAAUAUGUCCACUUCACCAGUAGUUAUCUCCCUUUCACAUGCAUAUCAGUAUAACAGCAGUCUGUUCAUAUGUAUAAAAUGUUCGAUUUGACAAAGUAUUUUUUGUUUUCUUCAUCAUGAGUAAUAUUUCACUGAAGGUUAUGUUCAUCGGUAUUUGUUAUACGAUGUUAGUUUUACCUGUUGUUGGUCAUUUAUUGGUAUAAAAUAUGUGGCUCCAGGAUUUAGAAAAAUGGUGUUGCAGUGUGAACAGAACUCCAUGUUUGGUUGAUGCAUCAUGGGUCUGUAACAUGUUUGUGUACACACUCUGUACACAUCUGCAGCAAAUAAGUGCAAGGAUUACGUGAUAUUACCUAUUGAAAUUACCAUAUUUAACUUAAUUAGCACCCCUCAUUAGUAUGCACCCUGAUUAGAAAUAUGUAGCAACCAUUUUGCCUUCCCUUCCCAAAUGUAUAAAGGUUAUUAUUGUUGUUACUAGGUGUACAUACCGUUAAUUUAAUCAAAAUAAAUCAUUGAGGCGAGCGUGAACCCCAAACUAAGUAGAUGUUCACGACGCAUGGUAGUACCUGUUGAUUGAUUGUUUAGUGUCAUUUUAAACCUCAUCCCAAUUAGCGCCCCCAUUUCCUUGGGUAUCCUAAUAAGCUCCUCUGUUAGAUUUUUAUUAGGGAUGUGCAGGGGUGCUAGAUAUGUUGACUAUUAUAAAAUUGUAAAACAUUACUUUUCUAUUUCCAUGGUCAGUGUAAGUAUCCUUGACUCAAAUUUUGAAAUUUUUGUUUGUUGGGUCUCCUAUGAUGGCGCAUUGUCCAUGCUUCAUAGAUUUGUGUUCAUGAGUUCCUAUGAAUGAAUACAUAUGUUCACUUUGUGGCAAUGGUGGGACAUAUAACUAUCCAAUCAAAAGACAACUAUUGUAUACCUAGACCAAUGAAUGUUCAGUUUACAAAAAAACAUCACUCGCUACACAUCCAGCAGUGGUUGUGUUCAGUGAUUGAAAUAAUUUUCAAACUCAACGAGACAGUUCGGCAGGUGACCAAUAAAUGUUGCCUGCCCAUCUUGAAAGUUACCUGCCCGCACUUUUGACUCAUAAAUUGCAUUUAUCAUUGUUUCAAAUGUGAAUUAAUUCAGCAACUUAAAAACAACAAGCAUGAAAUUAAAUACUCAGUCACAUCCCCAGCCUGUGACAUUUGAAAAGAGCUUGUUAAACUUGCAAUUCCCCUUAUCGGUUUACAUCAUCAAAACAGAGGCCAUAUAUGGUCUCUGAUCACAAUGAUAUAUUUUCUGAAAAAGUUUAAUAGUGAAAGUUUAGAGUGAUACCGCCUCAAAUAUACUUCUUAUGUGUUAUUCAUAUUAAGCUUCUGAAAAGGGAGGUAUUCAAAAAUAUCAGCCAGACAAUUGGGCUUGUGGAGAUUUUUUUCAGGCAUCCCGACAGGAAAAGCUGCCAGCCUCGGGAAGGCGGGCAGGCCAUAUUUCGAUCACUGGUUAUGUUCAUUUAAAGGUCAUGCUCCGAUCAGGAUUAAAGAGAUUCUGUGAGGUUUACAUAGUAUUUUCAUUACCAGACAGUAAACUUAUAAUCAAUUAAGUUGGACGAUUAUAUGAAGACAUUAGCCCAACACUUCAUAUGAACCCAAAUGUAUUCACGAGGGAUGGAGAAACGUGAUGUAUUCAUACCCAUGAAGUUGUGGUAACGGUGGCAGAACAGUUACGUAACAUUGUUUACGAUAUCACCAUGAAAAUACAUAUCGUGUAUGACAAAAUAUGUUGUCAAAGCUCUAAUCGCCAAUAUUUCACAACUUUCCACUGAAGUUGUGCUCAUAUCCUUCUUGAACCUGUCCAACAUAUCAUUUGUACAGAAAGUAAAAAUCUAUUUCACUGGAGUAUAUCCACACUUUACUAGAAAAUAGGACACCAAUAAUAUCCAUUAGAUGAAGAAAUCAUUAAUUUGUAAUACCACAAAUAUACUUUGUCGUACAUGUGUAACAUUUUGUCCAUGUUAACUGCUCUACUCAUGUUAGGCUUUAAGGUCCGUGGUUAUUUUGCUGGAAUAUUGCUAAAAGCGGCGUAAAACCAUACUCACUCACUUACUUUAAGGCCAGCAGUGCAAUAAGAUCAUAUUCCACACCUGUAUAUACAAAUCUGCAUGAAUUCAUGAGCUAGUAUAAUAUCAUAUAUCAUCAGCUGCCAAAUUUGCUGUAGUCAGGUAUGUUUUUAUGAAACCAUUCAAAUUGAGUUUUGUAAUACAGUGGAAUUUCAGUGUUACAUAUUUAUUUUGGAACAAAUCAAAACUCACUGCCUGUGUGUAUGUAUACCCAUCUUCACCGCUGUACUUUGUGUUGACACGUGUACUAUGCGCAAGAUAAUUGUUACUUUUGUGGUGCAGUUUGCUUCUAUAGAUUACUUAAGGAUAGUUCUUGCAGUUGGUAAGGGGUGCCUAUAAAUAUGGUGUUUACGAUUUUAAAUCCAAUCUUAAAAAACUGUAACAUUGUAAUAACAUUUUGGACAGUUGUCAUGAUAAAUCCGAUACAUAUAUUGAGCCAGGAUGAAAUUUUGAAAAAAACCCCAACACUUUCUUAAAUUUGGAAACUGGGGCAGGUAUGAGACAUGAUAUCACAAUUUGAAGUGUGACUGUGGUGUGCUUUUAACUAUGUAACUAUGAACUUGGACAGAUAAGUCAAAGUUGCAAUACUGUUUAUCUUCUUUAAUUUUUACUAUUAAUAUAACCAUUUCUUGGUUUAAUCAAUAGUUGUGUGUUUGUGUAAGGUUGUGCGACAUAAUAUACCCUGACAAGAUUAGUUUUAAUGCUUAUGUUACCUAUACUUGCUGGUGUGCAAUAUAUGUAAGCCGACAAAAGAAAUAGGCUCAAGUCUCAGGCAUCCAUUUUUUUAGCAAAAUCUGCCGAGUAUAAGGACACUUGUUUUCUCUUUGAGAUAAUAAAUAGAAAUUUAUAAACAGAUAUGGGUAUUAUAUGCAAUAUGACAUUGGGCAAUUCUCAUUGUAGAGUUGCCUCCCUUAGCUGUUUACCGAUAUAAAUCCCAAUGAAGUUAGAUUAUUAUUUUUGGUCUGUCAGCUUAAUACCUAGCCUCAAAGUGUACACCAUACUGGGCAUGGUGGUCUUCCAUGCUCAGCGGACACUCGUUACAAAUACUGAAUAGGUGAAAAACCCAGUUCACUCACUCACUCUGGUCACUGGUGUAUACCAAAGAAUUUACUUUCGAAGUGUUCCAAUCAAAUGUAUGUGUUCAGAGCUGUUCUGUACAAAUAAGGCCAGAUUAAUUAAUAUCUUUGUGUCAUGGACAGAGCUGUUAAUGAAUGUAAAAAUAUGUAUGUUGUUUACAUAUGUUGAAAGAUUUUUGUUAAAUGCUUUCUUAACUGAUCAGAAAUGAGCACUGAUAACUUCUUAUUUGAGAUGGAUUGACCAAGAAACCAAAACAAGACAUUGGUUUGUUUCGCCUGAUAAGCAGUUUGUGUUUACAAGUCGAAGUGAAGGUAUGUGGGAUGUGUUUUUAACGCUAAAACUCAGUACACGAGAAA